CUGUUUUGUCACAUUUUACACAAGGAAAGCUGCCCUUGAAGCUCAGAACGCACUGCACAACAUAAAGACCUUAACAGGGAUGCACCACCCCAUUCAGAUGAAGCCUGCAGACAGCGAGAAAUCAAAUGCUGUGGAGGACAGGAAGCUGUUCAUCGGGAUGGUCUCUAAGAAGUGCAAUGAGAACGACAUCCGAGUCAUGUUCUCAGCAUUCGGACAGAUUGAGGAGUGUCGGAUCCUCCGAGGCCCAGACGGUCUCAGCAGAGGAUGUGCGUUUGUCACGUUUUCUACCAGGGCUAUGGCACAGAAUGCAAUCAAAGCCAUGCACCAGUCUCAGACUAUGGAGGGCUGCUCAUCCCCCAUCGUGGUGAAGUUUGCCGACACGCAGAAGGACAAGGAGCAGAGGCGUCUGCAGCAGCAGCUGGCCCAGCAGAUGCAGCAGCUCAACAGCGCCACCACCUGGGGGAGCCUGACGGGCCUGGGGGGCCUGACCCCGCAGUAUCUGGCUGUAAGAGGACCGUCCGCGUCGCCCACCCCUUACUGCAGCCCCGCAGCCAACGCAGCCGCCGCCGCAGCAUUGCUGCAGCAGGCGACCUCCUCCAGUAACCUGGGCGCCUUCAGUGGGAUUCAGCAGAUGGCUGGUAUGAGUGCUCUGCAGUUGCAGAACCUGGCCACUUUAGCAGCUGCGGCGGCGGCAGCCCAAAGCUCAGCCAGCCCCUCCAACGCAAACCCCCUGUCCUCCAGCGCUGUCUCCCUCGGAGCGCUGGCCAGCCCAGCUGGCUCCAACGCGGGCGCCAUGAACUCUCUGACCUCACUGGGCACACUGCAGGGGCUGGCUGGUGCCACCGUGGGACUCAACAACAUUAAUGCACUAGCAGGUAGCGUCAACAGUAUGGCGGCCCUGAACGGAGGCCUGGGCGGAGCGGGGCUGACCAACGGCACGGCGGGCACCAUGGAUGCGCUGACGCAGGCCUACUCAGGGAUCCAGCAGUACGCCGCCGCAGCCCUGCCCACCCUCUACAGCCAGUCCCUCCUCCAGCAGCAAGGGGCCGCGGGCAGCCAGAAGGAGGGUCAGUGUCAGGGUCCUGAGGGAGCCAACCUGUUCAUCUACCACCUGCCCCAGGAGUUUGGGGACCAGGACAUCCUUCAGAUGUUCAUGCCUUUUGGAAAUGUGGUCUCUGCCAAAGUCUUCAUUGACAAACAGACAAACCUGAGCAAGUGCUUCGGCUUCGUCAGCUAUGACAAUCCGGUGUCGGCGCAGGCAGCCAUCCAGGCCAUGAAUGGCUUCCAGAUCGGCAUGAAGAGGCUGAAGGUGCAGCUAAAGCGCUCCAAGAACGACAGCAAACCCUACUGAUCUUAGUACUAUAGGGCCCAUCAGCUCCCAUGUUAGCACAGCUAGGAACCCAUCUCCAUGCCUGUUAGCCUCAUCGUUUGCCUAGCAUGUCUCCGUGGCGUCAAAACAAAAACAAACAAAAAAGUCUCAUCGUCCGUCAUUGUUUUCUGAUGUGUUUUCUGAGCUCACCUGAUCAUAACCUGGUCUCUGCCUACUGACCCUUUUGAACUUUGAACUUAGCUUGACCUUACAGACAUUUGUUUUGCAUGUGACCUCAUUUAGAACUGUUUUUUGGGAGGGCAGGGAAAGGGGCAUCAGGGGUUUAGGUAAGGAUGGCAAAGGUG